AUGGCCAAUCUUGUACUCUCUGUGAUUUUGCUCAAGAAAAAGUACACUCUGCGAAAGUAUCUAUCUGUAUUCGCAAUCACUAUCGGUAUAGUGAUCUGUACACUGGCUACCAGUAAUCUCGAAAAGAAUUCGGGUCUAAAUUAUGAAGAAGCAGCAAAGCAUUAUCGAGAAUGGACUAUAGGUGAGUUGUAG